AUGUGCUUUUUCCUCGUGCUUCUUGGACUGUCCUCCAAUUUGGCACUCAGACAAGUCCUGUUUCAGGGCUUCAACUGGGAAUCCUGGAAGCAGAGCGGGGGAUGGUACAAAUUCCUGAUGGGCAAGGUGGACAACAUCGCCGAGGCCGGCAUCACCCACGUCUGGCUCCCUCCGGCGUCGCGCUCUGUCGCCGAGCAAGGCUACCUGCCGGGGCGCCUGUACGAUCUUGACGCGUCCAAGUACGGCAACGAGGCGCAGCUCAAGUCCCUGAUCAAGGCGUUCCACGACAAGGGCGUCAAGGUCAUCGCCGACAUCGUCAUCAACCACCGCACGGCGGAGCACAAGGACGGCCGCGGCAUCUACUGCCUCUUCGAGGGCGGCACGCCGGACUCCCGCCUCGACUGGGGCCCCCACAUGAUCUGCAGCGACGACAGGGCGUACUCCGAUGGAACGGGGAACCCCGACACCGGCCUGGACUUUCCCGGCGCACCGGACAUCGACCACCUCAACAAGCGCGUCCAGCGCGAGCUCAUCGGCUGGCUCAACUGGCUCAAGACGGACAUCGGCUUCGACGCGUGGCACCUCAACUUCGCCAAGGGCUACUCUGCCGAGGUUGCCAAGAUCUAUAUCGACAACGCCAAGCCCUCGUUCGCCGUCGCCGAGUUAUGGACCUCGCUAGCCUACGGCGGCGACGGCAAGCCUUUCCAAGACCAGAACGCGCACGGCAGGAGCUCGGCCACGACGUUCGACUUCACCACCAAGGGCAUCCUCAACGUCGCCGUCGAUGGCGAGCUGUGGCGGCUGCGGGGAGCCGACGGCAAGGCGCCCGGCAUGAUCGGGUGGUGGCCGGCCAAGGCCGUCACAUUCAUCGACAACCACGACACAGGCUCGACGCAGCACAUGUGGCCUUUCCCCGCCGACAAGGUCAUUCAGGGCUACGCCUACAUCCUCACACACCCGGGGAACCCAUGCAUCUUCUACGAUCAUUUCUUCGACUCGAGCCUCAAGAAUGAGAUCGCGCACCUGGUGUCCAUCAGGAACCGCCACGGGAUCAGGCCGGACAGCGAGCUGCGCAUCAUCAAGGCCGACGCGGACCUGUACCUCGCUGAGAUCGACGGCAAGGUCAUCGUGAAGGUCGGACCAAGAUUCGAUUGUGCACCCCUCAUCCCACAAGGCUUCAAGGUCGUAGCGCACGGAGAUGGCUACGCCGUCUGGGAGAAAAACUGA